UUUUCAGGUAUAUCUGAAUUACCUCACUUCUCCUUGUGUUUUAUAUGGUACUUCUGAGCGAAGUAAGAUAUAAAACAGAUAAUCGGUCUGGCUGCUGAUUGUUGAAGCAGGAUGUUGACCACGCCACUACAGAGACGACAGGCCGUCAUAUUUAUCCUGGGAUGGCUCGCUUACGCCUCCACGUAUUUGCUGCGAAAACCUCUAGGUGUUGUGAAGACAGACUUAGAAGAGUCACUUUCUAUUGGUAAAACACAGCUAGGGUGGCUAGAUACGGCUCUGUUACUACCUUAUGCUCUAAUGCAGAUGUUGUUGGGGCCGUUAGGAGACAGGUUUGGACCCAGGAGAACUUUUGGAGUCUGUUUGCUGAUGUCUGCCUUAUCCAUGGUCACAUUUGGAAGUUGGAGUAAUUUCUGGAUCUUCUUCUUAUUACUUUUCAUAAAUGGAACAGCACAGGCCCAGUGCUGGCCUAACUGUAUUAAAUGCCUGGGAUCCUGGUAUGCAGAUGAAGUCAGAAAUAGCAUGUUCGGAAUGUUUGGGACAUGUGCCUUUGCGGGGGGCAUCAUGGGAACUUCUCUGGCUGUUUAUCUACAGACUUCCUACUCUUGGAGAAGUGCAUUUUUUCUUCCUUCUGUGAUAGUGGCAACACUUGGUGUGCUGGUCUUCCUAUUCUUCAGCACCCCAGAAGAACAAAGCAUAGAAAUACCGGGAAAAACACAGAGUUCCACAUCAUCAAAAUCUACAGGAAGCACCUCAUGGCUACAGAUGUGGAAAAUCCCGAUGUUACCAGAGGUCGCUGUAGCUGUCUUUUGUUUAAAAGUUGUGAGAUACUGCAUGUAUAUGUGGUUACCAAUGUAUCUACUGAAUGCUUUAAAGUACACCAAAGCCCAGGCUGGUAUGUUUUCUACAACAUUUGAGGUGGGUGGAGUGUUAGGCAGUGCUGUUAUAGGAAUUGUCAUAGACAGGUAUUUUAAGGGUCGGUCUCUAGCGGGUACCGGUUAUUCCGUGGCUUUAUCGGCUGUCUCCCUUCUAGCAUUUUAUCUGACCAGUACCUGGGGAAUUGUCUUUAACACUGUGUUCAUGUUUCUAGCUGGAGUAUUCAACUGUGGUCCUGAUAGCAUCUUAGGUGGAUCCAUCCCAAAUGAACUGGGAGAGAUGGAUGGAAGAAAUGCAGCUGCUGCUGUUGGUCUUGUCAAUGGUUUUGGCAGUGUGGGGACAUUUUUGGAGGGUCCCAUUAUUGGGGUGAUAUCAGCAAACUACGGCUUUAAUGUUCUCAACUUAUGA